UGCUUGAAAACAGAGACCUUUCAAGUUUCUAACUUUGUUCAGCGUGAGAGGCCAUCAGUUCCUCCAUGGCAGCCCAAGCUGGCUCUUCUUCUGCUGCUCAGGAGGACCCAUUUGUUGAAAACGAAGAAGAGUUGAUAUUUGGAGCUGAAUCGGGUUGGGUGGAGGCCCGAACAUUCUGCGAUCACCUGCCUUCCCUGUCCUCUGAUCUUUCUCACAUUCCCGCCCCUGAUUCUCCCUGCAACAGAUGCCAGCACCCCAAUGAGAACUGGUUAUGUUUGUGCUGUAAGGAUGUCCUGUGCAGCCGUUUUGUGAACAAGCACAUGCUUCAGCAUUUUCAGCAGACAAAUCAUUGUCUUGCUCUCAGCUACAGUGAUCUAUCAGUUUGGUGUUUCUCCUGCGAUGCAUAUUUAGAUGCUCAAGUAAUCCCACAACUGCGGGGUGUAUAUGAAACUGCCUACAUACUGAAAUUUGGAGAGGCCCCCCCGUUCCGGACGGUUUAAUAGCAAACUGAGAGUUCAUAACUGGAGGUGGUGAUCAAAUUAACUACAGACUAACAGUACACUUGUUGGAGUUUUUCUUAUCAGAUGAGGUUCCUUAAGCAAAUAUGUAUGUCAUCCAAAUGACAUAAUAGUAAAGUUCAAUGGCAAAUUUGGACAAUCAUGGAUUGUAUUGUAGUUAUCAAGUCCUUUGAACUACUAGCUGUUGCACUUUAAAGGCAUCCUCAUACCCCAACGCGCCGCCAAGUAAGAAUGGCAGGUGGCUUGUUCACCCCCGUCUUCCGUUCGUACUUUUGGUUCACUAUGUUACCAGAGACUCCCUCUUGGUUGGCUGUGGACUUGCAAUGGUGGUUUGGCUGCUUUGCUGUGGAUGGUGCGGUUGCAACUUGUUUUCAGUUUUAGGGUUGUUUUGGUUUGAAACUUUGUAUGUUGGCCUUGCUUGUAUUAAAAUUGAAUUAAAAUUCUGUUUUGUAAUCUUUUGUGCCUAUGUCUUAUGCUUCUACCUA